GGAAUCAUACAAAUGACGAAAGUCGGAGCUAGAUCCGUAAGGUGGAAAGCCAGGGCAACGCUACGGUCCCGAUGCCUAUGCGUAUACCAAGGGAGAGCCCAACUCAGAGGAACCCGGCUAAAGGGAUACCAUCAUGCGACACAACAAGGGUACUGUACAAGGUAAGUGGCUAUCUCCGCGUGGGCAAGAUGGAGAUCUCACUGCUGGUCGUCACGAACAAUCUUUCGGAGAAUAUCUCCGAGAGUCCUGUUCGUGAUCUCGGUCUUACCAUCAGUCUGAGGAUGGUAAGACGAGGAGAAGCAAAGCUGAGUGUCGUAAACCUCGUGGAGCCGUCGCCAGAAUCGACUGGUAAAAUGCGGGUCACGGUCAGAUAUGAUGCUCAGAGGCACAAGCUGGAUGGAGUGCUCCACGUCGCGCAUCGGUGGGAUGCCAGCGUACGAGAACGACGAUGGGAAAAUGUCGCGGUACUCUCGAAUAAGGUCACGAACUGCGGGCUCCAGAGGGCUGAGUACACUCUGUCGGAUCCUGCGAGACCUCAACUCCAGAAGCGAGAGGGGCAAACCACGACGGGGAUGUCGGGAAGCCGACUACUGAGGAGGGCGCAGGUGUACACUGCACUGUGGCUAGGAGGCGCCGCGGGGAUGCAAGGCGCCGGGGGGGGACUGAGCACGACGCUGGCGGGAAAGGUCAGCGUAGUGGUGGGCAAGGGCGGUGGUGUAAGGGCACCGCGAGGAGGUAUGACCGUCCUGACAACAUCGCAAACACCCAUGCCGGCCCAAAAUAACCGCGCGCUCCUCAGCGGAAAGGACACCGCGAGGAGGGACAAAGCCCUGAGGGAGGUCCUGCUGAGGGACCUCGGGGGGCGACCCGCCAACGUGACGAGGGCGGCUGCGUGCCCGGGAAAGGGUGGGGAGGAUGAGCUGGUGGCGCUCAGCCAUAGGGAGAGUAGGGUCCUCCAGGAGGUGGUGGACGACCUUGCCGAGGUCGAGGUCGUCGCUAUGGUCACCCUCAGGCGACAGCGGGGCACCUGCGUCCUGCUCACCAUACUCGAGCACGCUGAAGCGGCGCGAGAAGUGGCGGCCCUGCUGCGCGGAACGGCGGGGGCAACCGUGGAAAGAGGAACGGCGUUGGGAAGUGUCGUGAGAGGAGGAGGAGGCGUAACCAGUACGCUGGGGCUGAGAGGAGGAGGCGGGGUGAAGACGGGCCCGCAUCCGCUGAUGGUCCCUGGCGGCCUCGUAAGCCUGCGGGGCGAUGUGAACUUGUACCGCCAUAACUCGGAGCGGUACUCGAGCGGGAGGCUGGCCAAGAAACGAUCGAUAAGGGCAGCCUCGGGGAGGAACGCCACGUCACAAAUGAGGUGGGCGUCCUGAAAGACCUAGAUGUGGCGAUCCAAGCCGACAGCGCCACCAGAGC